UUCGCGAGUGUUAUUAUAUUGGUGUAUUCAAUAAACAAAGUGUAUCUGCCUAUUUUCGCUUCGUGUCAGGAAGCCGCUUCAUAACUCAAAAGUUUAUGCGGACUUUUGAGUUAAUUCGUUUGGGGUUCGGAGUAGGAGUCUACUCCGAGGGUGGGGGCUUAGGUUUCAUCAUCAUCACCUUUCAUCAUUUCAUUAAUCAUCAAGAAAAAAAUACGUCAGACAUGGCUGUAUGGGCAUAGUUCCCUUUGCCUUACCCUUCGGGGAAAACCAAAACAAAAAAAAAAAAAAAAAACAAUACAAGCCAAACUAGUCCACGGAAUUCGGGACUCCAAUAUAGUUCAGAUAUUUUCGCCGGCCGAUGUAAACAAUAUGAACGAAGUAAAAAGGAAAAAUGUGGGAACUACGGGACUAAACAACCACGAAGAGGCAAACAAUAUCUUCAAACGAAACUUUGAACAAAAGCUUCUGGAUUAUGAUGAAACUCACCAGGGUUCUAUGAGGAAGCCAUGGUUUCAGAAAAGAGUAGUUGAGGUUAUACAGCAACUUAAAAAAGCUAAAGCUUUAAAUCCUGGAGAGCGUCGAGCACAGAUGGAUUAUUAUUAUACAGCCAAGUACGAUGUUCUUACCACCGAAGAUAAGGAUCAUUUAAUUUUUAGAAGAUAUGACUCUGAGGAGCCCACUGUAUAUAUAAUACCGAGGGAACAGUAUUUUAAUAAACUAUCUGAAGUACAUGAAUCAUGUGGACAUGCUGGAAGGGACAAAAUGAUCCAUAUCAUCAAGAAUAAAUUUUAUAUACCAAAAAAGGCAAUAGAAAUAUUUGUUUCACUGUGCCCAACAUGUCGAAUGUAUAGAAAUGCACCCAAAAGAAGCAGCAUUAUGAAUCCAGCCAAUGUCCGUUACAAUGCAAAGGGACAAUUUGAUAUCAUAGACUUGCAGUAUUGUGCUGACGGUGACUAUAAGUGGUUACUCAGUUACCAAGAUAAUGCUACGAAAUUCACAUUGCUUCGUCCUUUGAAAACUAAAAAUAUAUCUGACGUUGCUAUGGAACUUGUGAAUAUAUUUACAACAUUCGGAUCUCCUAAUGUAUUACAGUCUGAAAUGGGUCAUGAUUUAACUGAAAAAGUUAUAAAAGAAAUAACAGCACUGUGGCCUGCUAGUAAUAUUGUACAAGGUUGUGGCCCAAACCCUAGGAAACCUCAAGGCCGCACGGAAAGUCAAGACAUCGAAAACUUGUUACAAUCAUGGAUGCAUGAAAAAAACUCUACAAACUGGACACUUGGUUGUAUGUUUGUGCAAUACCAGAAGAACAAUACAUUGCAUCCUCUUACAGGCAAAUCUUCUUAUCAAGCAUUAUUUGGUUGCGAACCUAAUAUUCCUUUAAAUCUACCCUGUGUGAUUGUGUCUGUUAAAUCCGAACAGAAUCUAGAUAAUGACUCAGUACCAAUUUCUCCUAUAGAAGUACCUAUAGAGUUUGAUUCUGGUUGUAGUACUACUGUUCUAAAACCCGAGAGUAAAUAUUUACCUCCAGAAAAUGUAGAAUACGAUAAAGUAUUUCUAACCAAUAUCAAAAUUGAAACUACAGACCCAGAAGAACAUAGUGAUGAAGAAAAAUUUGAUAUAAAUGAAAUCCACAAAGGAGUUAAGCGAAAAAAAUGCUGAUAUGAGAAUUAUGUUAGAGGUACAACUUAAAAGAAUAUAGACUAUAGUGCUAAGAAAUUACCAUGUUUAAAUGAUGAUAACGGUGAAGCAAUGGUAAUAAAAGUUAUUGAAGUCGAAUGACUUUGAAAAAAAUUUAUUAAGUUUUGAGACCGUUGUCAUAAAGAGUUUGUUUAUUGAUGUAAUAAACUGCAAGGUAAUCUAUGUUAGUACUGAACUGAGGCUAUAAUUAAGAGAUCUAUGAGGCCUGAUCUGAAGAUAAUGUAAGAACAAUUUAAAAGUAACACUUUCUUUGAAACUUGCAUAAAUAAAUAAUAAAGACAUGUACAAAAUAAUCUUUAUGCUGCUCGCACUGUGCCAUUUUAGACUGUUGUGGAGUAUUCUUAUUAACUUUUAUAGUCUAGUUAGGAAAUCGUCAGAGUGGCCGGAAGAACCUGGACUAGAACGGCUAAAUGCAAAGAGGAGUGGAAUAGAUUGGGGGAGGCCUUUGCCAAUGGGCACACAGAUACAGACCUAAACGUUACCGCCGAAUAAUGGAAUGUGUAUAAAAAUAAAAAUAUUGUAUCUGAAUUUAUAUAUAACUAAUAAAUAAAUAAAAUAGUAAAUUGUAACUUUUACUUCAUUUCUUUCAAAUUGUAGUAUUUUUUAUUUAUAUAAUAAAAGUUACCAAUUAAAACUGAAGGAAGUUAUUAUAGGCCCUUGAAAUAAUGUAAACGAAAUAGUAUUAUUUUUAAGUGAAUAAAUGUAAUAAUAUAUAA